GGUCCUUAAGUCUCAUCCCAGGUCUGGAAAGAGAUCUCCAAGGGGGUAGGCGCAGCAGCCAGUUUGUCUUCCGGCUACCACCCCCAAACCAACGGCCAGACGGAGCAGCCAAAUCAAAAUCUGGAAUCCGCUCUUCAUUACAUUGAUGCUCGCCAUCCUGCCUCCUGGUGCACCUUCCUCCCGUGGGUGGAAUAUGCCCACAACUCCCUCACCUCAGAAAAAUAAGUGGCUGGUGGAUCUUCAACGAUCCCCUACUCUGGAAUACAAGCCAUGGCCCAAUGGUUAAGAUCAUUGCCUGCCACCGUGGGGGACCGAGGUUUAAGACGCCGACUGGACCAUCCGCCAACAUCCCCCGGAGUCACGGCUGUGGUGUCCUUGAGCAAGACACUGAUACCCGUAAAUGCUCCACGGGCACUUCAGCUGUCCCCUACUCCAAGAUAAUGAACGAUGUUAUCAAGAAGGCAAGAGAAAAUGGAAAAUGGAAAGUGCUUGUGGUGGACAAGCUGAGUAUGAGGAUGAUUUCCUCCUGCUGCAAGAUGACAGACAUCAUGACAGAGGGAAUCACCAUUGUAGAGGACAUAUCCAAGCGACGGGAGCCUCUGCCCAGCAUGGAGGCCAUUUAUCUGAUAACACCCUCAGUUGAGUCUGUUGAGGGUCUAAUUGAUGACUUCAGAGAUCCACGGUCUCCGAGGUAUCGAGCAGGCCACGUCUUCUUUACUGACGCAAUUCCAGACUCCAUGUUUGGACUCUUGACCAACUCUCGCGCCGCCAAAGCCAUGAAGGCCUUGACUGAGAUCCAUGUAGCCUUUCUGCCCUAUGAAUCUCAAGUCUUCUCCCUGGAUAAAGUAGAUGCCUUUCAGGACUUCUACAGCCCCUUCAAAGCUGAUGUGAAGAACAAUAUGCUUGAAGGUUGCGCUGAGCAGAUUGCCACUCUCUGCGCUACGCUCAAAGAAUAUCCUGGAAUCCGAUACAGAGGAGAGUACAAAGACUGCGCUGUUCUGGCCCAAAUGCUACAGGACAAGCUGGAUGGCUACAAGGCUGAUGACCCCAGCAUGGGAGAGGGACCAGAUAAGUGUCGAAGUCAAGUAAUCAUCCUGGACCGAGGAUUUGAUCCCGUGUCACCACUUCUACAUGAGCUCACUCUUCAGGCAAUGGCCUACGACCUGCUAGGCAUUGAGAAUGAUGUCUACAAGUUUGAGACCAGUGGCAUGGGGGAAACUAGGACAAAAGACGUACUGCUGGAUGAGGAUGAUGACCUGUGGUUGACUCUGAGACAUAAACACAUUGCUGAAGUUUCAACGGCUGUGACUCGCUCUCUGAAAGAAUUUUCUGCCAGCAAAAAAAUGAACACAGGAGAAAAGACUACAAUGAAGGAACUGUCUCAGAUGCUGAAGAAAAUGCCCCAGUAUCAAAAGGAGCUAAGCAAAUAUUCAACCCAUCUUCACCUGGCUGAGGAUUGUAUGAACCGCUACCAGGGCACUGUUGACAAACUCUGCCGUGUGGAACAGGACCUUGCAAUGGGUACCGAUGCAGAGGGCGAGAAGAUAAAAGAUCCCAUGAGGCUUAUAGUACCCAUCUUACUGGAUACCAACGUCAGUGUCUCUGACAAGAUCCGCAUCAUUCUGCUUUACAUCUUCCUCAAGAAUGGUGUGACCGAAGAAAACUUGUGUAAAUUGCUCCAGCAUGCCAGCAUCCCACCCGAGGACAGUGACAUCAUUUCCAACAUGGCACACAUGGGUGUGCCUAUCGUCUCUGAGGGAACUGCCAAGAAAACCAAAAAGCCUGACCGUAAGGAACGAAUCAGUGAGCACACGUACCAACUUUCAAGAUGGACUCCUCUCGUCAAGGAUCUCAUCGAGGAUGCCAUUGAGGAUAAACUUGACAUUAAGCAAUACCCAUACGUUUCCCAGAGACAAGCAUCAGCCAAAGCCAGUGCUCCAUCAAGUACUGCCCGCUAUGGUAACUGGCACAAAAACCGGGGUCCCACAGAGGUGAAGACUGGGCCAAGGGUUAUUGUCUUCGUUAUCGGAGGCAUGACCUACAGUGAGAUGCGCUGUGUGUAUGAGGUCACCCAAACCAAUGGCAAAUGGGAGGCCAUAAUUGGUUCCACCCACAUCCUCACCCCUCCCAAAUAUCUGAAGGAACUACAGCACCCAGAUUUCCUGGAUCCCAACGCUCCACCUGAGGCCACUGAGGAGCAGUCAGCACAGUAAUAUAUGGAGGAUCAACUGAAAUUUUCACACUUCAUUCCAAAAACGUUCAAAAGACUUGAGGAGCAAAGAAAACAAUGAAGAGAAUUUCCUUUCGCGCCCCAAAGCACCCAAACGGCCGGUUUUCCCACCUACACCUCCGCCCAGAUGUUUAUACAAAUAUAAGAAUAUUCAUACUCUUAUAUUUCAUAUAAAGCACUUGCAAACUUUUUUUUUUUUGUCAAUAAAUAUAGUAAAUUGUGUUUAGUCAGUGUUUAUUAAGCAAGAUUGUAUUUAUUUGGACGGUUUUCUUUAUUGUGCAGUGUGUUUAUUUCUACAUGUGAAAUAGUUUAGCUCGAGGAAUUAUGAGGUUCAAAUGGUAUGGAAUUCCACCAUCUUAUAUUUGAUGCAAUCACAUGAACUGUGUCGGGAAAAACUAGAGGAGGUGUUGAAUUCCUCUUGAAGUAGAUGCUUUAGUCGAGUCGACAUUAGUUUGGGUAAUAGCAGGAGCCAAUUAAUUACAUUUGCCAGCUCGAAGACGAAACUAGAAAAUACUUCAGUUAAAAUGUUUUGUUGAUUGAAAAAUCCAUAUUGGGCAUAUUUGGGUGCGCAUAGAUACCAAUCUCCCCUUUGUUUUUGUCAAUCAAUGUGCUGUCUCCCUUUAUUUUCUGUGUUGUUGCCCAUUUCCUUGGGAUAUGUUGUAAUUCUAUCGUACUUGUGCUUCUGAUUGAAAUGUCUAUUCUUGUUGUAAAUACCUGAUGAAUAAUUGAGUUGCUAUAAAUGGUAUCAUUAAAUCCAUACUGUAACAUCCCUCCCAUUUGAUGUGCAUCGUAAAUGUAAGCAACACAGUGUAUGCUCUUAACAAAAAGGAUAGGCGCAUCGCGGGAAUUAAAGAUGACAAAAUACA